AUGGACCGGCUUCCAUUGCAAGUAUCAGUGCCGCAAAUUACUUUUCUGCAAGGUGAUUUUACCGAGUCGGCUAUGCGGGAUCGUUUGCAGGAAGACAUUGUGGAGAAGCUCGACAUACCGAACACAAGCGAGACGAAGGUGGAUAUUGUGCUCAGCGAUAUGAUGGCAAAUACAACGGGAAAUUCAAUUCGCGACGCGCAGGCCUCAUUGGAUCUUUGUGCUGUUGCCUUUGAGUUCUGCCAGAGGAUGCUACGGCCUAUGCCAAAAGCCGAGGAGCGCACAGGAGCGCGUACAAUGGAUUCUCUUUUGACUUCUGUCUUUGUGUGCAAGUACUUUAUGAGUGAGGAUGCAAACAUCUUCCGUAAACAAGUCUUGGAACCCAACUUUCUGGCCGUGCGCGCCGAGAAAAUGGACGCGAGUCGGUCGGAAAGUCGGGAACAAUAUUGGGUAUGCCUUGGCUAUCGCGGGCCAACUAUGAACCAAGCUGGAUAUGUAUGA